UGCGGCUAGGCUGGCUGCACUUGCUCCACGGGUCAGGGGAUCGGAGGGGCAGGAUUGAAGAAUGUGCUGCUGAAAAGAAAAGUAAAUAACCGCAAAGGACAAGGUGUUCAAAGCUGAGAAGAAUGAGUUCCUGCAGCAAUAUCUGUGGGUCCAAGCAAGCACAGGCACCCACAGAGGGUGGGUACCAGCGCUAUGGUGUGCGGUCCUACCUGCACCAGUUCUAUGAAGACUGUACGGCCUCCAUCUGGGAGUAUGAGGAUGAUUUCCAGAUCCAGAGAUCACCUAACAGGUGGAGCUCAGUAUUCUGGAAGGUCGGACUCAUCUCAGGUGCCAUCUUCGUGAUUCUAGGAUUGACUGUUCUGGCAGUGGGCUUUCUUGUGCCCCCCAAAAUCGAAGCCUUUGGCGAAGCAGAUUUCGUGGUGGUCGACUCACAUGCUGUGCAGUUUAACAGCGCCCUCGACCUGUGUAAGCUGGCAGGGGCCGUGCUGUUCUGCAUCGGGGGCACGUCCAUGGCAGGGUGCCUGCUGAUGUCAGUGUUUGCCAAAAGCUACUCCAAGGAAGAGAAAUUCCUGCAGCAAAAGUUUAAAGAGCGAAUUGCAGAUAUUAAAGUCCACACCCAGCCCAUUAAUAAAGCUCCGGGCCCAGGGGAGACAAAGAUUCCUGUCACUUUGUCCAAGGUUCAAAAUGUUCAGCCUCUGUCAGCAACCUGAAGCCUUCCCCACCCUUGCUGUCCCCUAAUGGCUCACACACCUUGGGAAAAGGAGUGCUGGUUGCUGAGGUGACGAGGAUUUGAUGGUGGCUCCCCCGGGCUGUGUGCCAAGGGGCACGAAUGCAGGAGGGAGCUUAUAUGUGCCCGGUCCAGGUGACUUUGGGGACAGCAGUGUCACAGUCACCUGUGCACAGGCAUCCAGCGGCGUUAAUCAGAUGCUCUGUGCCCACCGGGAGCUUCUCUUUCGGAUGUUGUGACCUUGUCUGAUUCCCCAUGUUUAAAGUGCUCAACCAUUCAGACCAGCUAACGUGGUCCAUUUUGUUUUCUGAUAGUUGGUUUUUCUACUCCCUCCUGUGUGGUGCUGUCUUCUACCUGCAUCUCUGUGUGUGAGAUAUUGUCAUGUUGUGUUCACGGAAACCUGGAAUUCCCUGAUUUUGAUCUGAACCUUAGCCUUUUAACUACGUCUUACCAUGAUGCUCCAGAGAUGAGGCACAAAUGUAUCUGUAUUCUCCAUAAAUCUUUGUGUUUUCCCCAGAUUGUUUCUCUCAUUUAAAAAGCUAAACUUGCCAACUUAGAAUUUUGGUGAAAAGAAAUGAUAUUGGAAAUAUGUAUUUAUGCAGUGCCCAAAAGCACUGGAUUUAAAAACCCAAGAAAUUUUAAUUCCUACUACUAACUAGCUGUGUGAUUUGUAGGAAUCAUUUGGCUUCCUACACCUCACUUUCCCCAUCUGUAAAAUGGGAGUCUAAGGACCUGUCCUCUGCCUUAUGUCCUCAAGUCUCUGCACCAAGGAGGUUUAUUGUGUCACUGCGAUAGGUUGUUUGUUUUGUUUUGUUUUGUUUUGUUUUCAGAAUUGGAAUCCUGCAAAUCCCUGAGUUUGCACUCUUCACACUACAGACCCUGAAAUAUCCAACCCCAGCAGUUUAUACGAUGCCAUCAUAUUUUUAUAAAAACAACAGUAAGCAUCCUCAAAUGAGAAACCACUAGGGGAUAGUCACCUGAAAAGAAGGUGUUGUUCUUGAACAUGUUUUAUUCUCCAGCAAAAUGCCCCUCUCAUGCCAUGCACUGUAAUUAAUCUGGGGAAUUAAAUUAGUCUGAUGAAAAUGAAAGGUGUGACCUUGGUGUUCUGUCAGAGUAUGUGCCACCUUAGAGUUCUAUCUUUUUCUUUCUCUUUUUCCCCCCUCCUUCCUUCACUGGAUAAAUAAGACAUGUGAAUGAGACGAAGCUAAAGUUCAUGGUCAUCUGUCACCAUGGCUGUUUUCCCUCCAAAGUGUAAUUUUCCAUCCUGAGACUGAAUACACUCUGAUGUUUCCCUGGAUAAAUGGAGAAUAAAUAAAGCAAAUAGUG